GGACCCUGAUUGUUCUCUUGCGGCUUGUGGUAACUGAAAAUGAAAGUAAUAAUUCUUCGGGUUUACGUUUUUAAUGUUAUUACGUACGUUGUUGUUUCUGAAUGCACUUGUAUGCAGUCACGUUGCGGUACAACGACAGUUAUAAUAACAAGGGGGCCUUAUUUUAUACACCUCCUGUCCGCUUGCGAGUUACCACGUUGCGGGCGAUUUUUGUUGUUGUUCAAUACGACUGGUAAAUUAAACAACUAAUUAGUAACUAGUGAAGUCGGUAUAUAAACAUAGUUUUUUUGCUUAUCUGAUCGCUUCUUGUAUAUCGCAAAAAUACUUGACUUUGCAUACGGACUCUUGUGACCACUGUAGCAUAGCCGUGUAUUGUUAAAGACAAUACCGCAAUUCCGCAUUGGUAGCGGGCUAAACACAUCAUGCACCGAAUCUUGUAUAUCUCGUUUGGGAUUCGAACGCCUAUCCACUAGGUCACGCCGUUUUUUUCAAUAAGGGUCUAAACUUUUUUGUGUCUGACCAAACGGAAUAUAAAUCGGGCUUUUUAAAAAUGUUCACGUUACAAGCCGAAAAGACCAAGUUGGCAAAAGAACCGAACGACCGAAAUUUAAUUUUAUAUUGGAGAUGAUUGUGAAGUCGAAUUUGAAACAUGUUUGCUUUUUGUUGUAGGUACUGUAUGGUCGUUUGAUAUAUUGCUAGUAUUAUUAAUACAGUAACCUAGAUUUGUAACAAACCUCAUGUUUCUUUACAAAACAAUUAUAGCGGUUUAGGUAAAAAUAGACCAAGUGGAGUAGUUACGUGUUUUAACAUUCAUAAUGGAUAGCGACGAAUUCGACGACGAUCUAAAUUUUCACGAGAUACAGCGGGAACUGUGUAAUGCAGUUGCGAGAGAUGAAAAGUACCAACGUGAAAACGACGCUAAGUUUCGUGCCAUUAAUCAGAAAGUGCAAUCAUACGAUGAAUUUCGCGACAUCGUAGCAGCUUCGCAUCUAAAACCAAUGGAAAGAGGCGAUAAACUUGGCGGGAUGAGCUACCAGAAGUGGAAUGUGCAUUCUAGCAAAAAAGUUGACGUUAAAAGUCCAAUUGAAACAGAAGUUGUCAAAACAAACAAUCGUGACCCCAAAACUACCUCAGAUUUUAUGAAAAUUUGGAACCAAGAAUGCAAAACUGCAAGUCAAAAGUAUGAUCUUUUGAUGUCAGCUGAACUAAAACUACUUGAAAAGUUCUUUGCUGUUGAAUGUCCCAUGGGAGACGUGAUAACUGCAUUGCAAACUGAAAAUAGUGGACAAGAUCACCUAGAAAAUGUGUUAAACAUUUUAUCUGUCAUGAAAAAUUCAAAGCGAUUUGCUUUGCAGUUGGAUUUCUUGACACCAAAAGAGAAGAACAAUCUUAAAGAAGUUUUUAAACAGCUGAAAAUCAAAGGACAUGAUCUUGAGAAAUUGAAUGAUCUUUCAACAGUUUAUAACUGUGAAUUAUAACAAAACACUGUGGUUAAAAACUUGUUUCAAAUGUUCUAUAUACUUUAUGUGUUUUUGUAAUAUUUAUUUGUGUCUAGAUGUUUAAUAUAGUUGUAACUUGCAAAUAAGAUUGUGGUGUAUAUUUUUGUAAGAUAUUGCACAAAGGUAUUCUCUCCAUUAUAAGUGACCCGCUGAACAUAAAAAACCAGUCACCCCA